CCCCUACCUGUGUAAGCCUAUCCGCCCGCGCCUAGAGGAUAAAAGCGGCCAAGUCGCCCGGAGGUCAGCGAAUUCGGCCCCCUGUCCCCCGCCGCUCGGUCCAGCCCGGCCCAGCCAGCAUGUCCAUCCACUUAAGCUCCCAGGUCUUCAGCUCGCGCUCCUCCGCCUUCCCGGGGCGCGGCACCCAGGUGCGCCUGAACUCGGUGCGCCCCGGCGGCUUCGGCGGCAGCAGCAGCAGCCUCUACGGCCUUGGCGCCUCGCGGCCGCGCGUCGCCGCGCGCUCAUCCUACGGGGGCCCAGUGGGCGCCGGCAUCCGCGAGGUCACCAUCAACCAGAGCCUGCUGACCCCGCUGCAGGUGAACAUCGACCCCUCCAUCCAGCAGGUGCGCCAGGAGGAGCGCGAGCAGAUCAAGACCCUGAACAACAAGUUCGCCUCCUUCAUCGACAAGGUGCGGUUUCUGGAGCAGCAGAACAAACUGCUGGAGACCAAGUGGGCACUGCUGCAGGAGCAGAAGUCGACCAAGAGGAGCUGCCUCCCGGGCAUCUUUGAGGCCCAGACUGCUGGCCUGCGGAAGCAGCUUGAGGCCCUGCAGCUGGACGGGGGCCGCCUGGAGGUGGAGCUUCGGAACAUGCAGGACGUCGUGGAAGACUUCAAGAACAACAGGUGGAAGGCAGGUGGAAGCAGACCGUGCAGGACAGGGAAGGCCUGGGACAGCCCACGAGCCCCUGCUGUCAGGUAUGAAGACGAAAUUAACCGUCACACGGCUGCUGAGAAUGAGUUUGUAGUGCUGAAGAAGGAUGUGGAUGUCGCCUACAUGAACAAGGUGGAGUUGGAGGCUAAGGUGGACACCCUGAAGGAUGAGAUCAACUUCCUCAGGACCCUCUAUGAGGAGGAGUUGAAAGAGCUGCAGUCCAAGGUCUCAGACACGUCUGUGGUCCUGUCCAUGGACAACAGCCGCUCCCUGGACCUGGACGGCAUCAUCGCCGAGGUCAAGGCCCAGUAUGAGGAGAUCGCCAACCGCAGCCGGGCUGAGGCCGAGGCCUGGUACCAGACCAAGUUUGAGACCCUCCAGGCCCAGGCUGGGAAGCAUGGGGACGACCUCCGGCGUAGCCGGAAUGAGAUCGCGGAGCUGAACCGGACCAUCCAGAGGCUGCAGGCUGAGAUCGACAACAGCAAGAACCAGCGUGCCAAGUUGGAGGCUGCCAUCUCCGAGGCCGAGGAGAGUGGGAAGCUGGCUGUCAAGGAUGCACGGGCCAAGCUGGUGGACCUGGAGGAGGCCCUGCAGAAGGCCAAGCAGGACAUGGCCCGGCAGCUCCGGGAGUACCAGGAGCUCAUGAGCACCAAACUGGCCCUGGACAUCGAGAUCGCCACCUACCGCAAGCUGCUGGAGGGCGAGGAGAGCAGGAUGACCGGAGCUGGAGUGGGAGCCGUGAACAUCUCUGUGGUCGGUUCCACGGGCGGUGCUGGCAGCCGGCUGACCUUCGGGGGAACCAUGGGCAGCGAUGCCCUGAGAUUCUCCAGUGGUGGAGGGCCUGGGGCCCCCAAGGCCUAUUCCAUUAGGACCACAUCUGCCCCCGGCAGGCACACCCGCAACUGAGCCUCUGGUGUGGGGAGACACAUACCCUCUCCUCCCAUCGUCACAAGAGGACCUCCAUCCCUGGUCCCAUCCCUGGUCCCAAGACUGCAAGGCAGUCUGAAAAAUGAUGUCAGAAUAGCUUCCAAUAAAGCAGCUGCUUUCCGAGGCUUGGGUGAGCCCAUGCCCAGCA